AUGGGCAGGAGGCCUCGCCGGGCGCCCGGCCUCUCUGCCAGCCGGUUCGCGCCAGACUGCGCGGCAGACUGGGGCGACCUCUCCUGGAAGACGUCGGACAAGGCCUCCUCCUCUGGAGCCCAGCCCAGCCCGGGCUCCGCGGGCACCGACGACUGGGAGUGCGACGACUCGGGGGGGGACAUCGGCGAGGUGCUCGCCUCGCCCCACCGGCCCGCCUCGGUCGCCAGCCAGGCGCCCGUGGGCCAGGACCCGAGUUCGAGCUCUCGGCUGCGGAUCUCACGCUCGAAGAGGUGGUGGGCGUGGGCUGCACCGCAGAGGUCUUCAAAGCUUACUGGCGCGGCAAGGUGGUCGCCGCGAAGGAGAGUGAUGAGGGAUACUUCGGACAUCGGCCACAGCGAGAGGGUGGCUUUCCACAGGGAGGUCAACGUGCUGGCCAAGGCCCAGCAUCCCAACCUCGUCAGGCUGCUCUGCGUGUGCUUCCGGGCUCGGCCGUGGAGGAUCGUCACCGAGUUCUGCGCGGGCGGCAACGUCUUCCAGCUCUUGCAUGUAGACAACGUCGACCUCACGUGGGGCCAGAGGGUCAAGAUGCUCACGGACGUGGCCGCCGGUAUGGACUCCGACUACCUCCACUGGUUCCCUCCGCCGAUCAUCCACAGGGACCUGAAGUCGCUCAACCUGCUCCUGACCGAGGCCGUCCGGUCGCCCGAGGACCCCGUCACCGUCAAGGUGUCGGACUUCGGCCUCGCGAGGACGAAGCCGGCGGACAGCGGCCAGUGCAGGACCGAUGACCCCAUGCGCGGGCACACUGAAUUGGAUGGCGCCCGAGGUCCUCAUGGGGCAUUACUACGACGAGAGGGCAGACGUGUACUCAUACGCCAUGGUGCUGUUCGAGAUUAUCAAUUCCGAGAUCCCCUUCGAAGACGAGGAC